CGGAUAUAGUGAAUGCGGGGUCCUGGGAGACCUGAUAUAGUGAAUGCGUGGUCCUGGGAGACCGGAUAUAGUGAAUGCAGGGUCCGGGGAGACCUGAUAUAGUGAAUGCAGGGUCCGUGGAGACCUGAUAUAGGGAAUGCAGGGUCCGUGGAGACCGGAUAUAGCGAAUGCAGGGUCCUGGGAGACCGGAUAUAGCGAAUGCAGGGUCCUGGGAGACCGGAUAUAGCGAAUGCAGGGUCCGGGGAGACCGGAUAUAGCGAAUGCAGGGGUCCUGGGAGACCGGAUAUAGUGAAUGCAGGGUCCUGGAAGACCGGAUAUAGUGAAUGCGGGGUCCUGGGA